UUUCUAAAGAUGAAGCUUAUAAUCCUGUGUGCUAUCGCACUAGGCUUAUCCUGUGUUGUGGGCCAAGAGAUUGGAUUUAGAGAAGGCUUCGAGUUCUCUGAAGAAGAAGGGUUCCACUUGGAGCAGUUUAGUAAUUUGAUUGACCAUUUCGACCCAGCUGAUGAGAGGACUUAUAAGCAGAGGUUUUGGUAUGAUGCUAAUGGAUUUGAUUUUGAGAAUGGUCCAAUUUUCCUUUAUAUCUGUGGAGAAUAUGAGUGUGGAGUAAACGAAGCAAGACAGUUCCCGGUCGAAGUUGCGAAGGAGCACAAUGCAAUCUUCAUUUAUCUUGAGCAUAGGUUUUAUGGAGAUUCUCACCCAUUUUCAAAUUUGGCUACUGAUAAUCUGAAGUAUCUAACAGCAAGGCACGCCCUUGCUGAUAUUGCUGUUUUCCUUACUCAUGUGAAUGACAAGAUUGUCUCUGAGCAUAAAGGUGAAAAGAGAAAGAUCAUUGUUGUUGGAGGCUCUUAUCCAGGGGCUCUUUCAGCAUGGUUUAGAAUGAAAUACCCUCAUAUUGCUGAUGCUUCCUGGGCAUCCUCAGCUGUCAUAAAUGCAGUUGAAAACAUGGAUCUAUUCGACUGGCAGAUCUACGAAUCAAGCAACAGAAGCUCAGACACCUGCACAAGAGCCAUUCAAGGCCUGAAUCUGGAAUAUGAUAAGCGUAUUCAGAAUAAAGACAAGAAGGGAGUAAAAGAAAUCAAAGAUCUCUUUGGUGCCUCUGCUAUGCAUGAUGGUGACUUUGCUUUUUAUUUUAUCGAUAUCAUUGUAGGAAAGAUUCAAUAUGGAAGCAGAACAGAGCUCUGCACUUUCCUAGAAAGCAUCUCAGAACUAUCAGUUAUUGACCAAUACAGACAAAUCGCAACACACUACAACGACCCAGUUGAUGAGAAGAAUUCGUAUGACAGAAACAAGCUUAAGGAUCCUACAAUUGUAGUGUCUAGCUCAGGUAGAGCUUGGACCUACCAAUACUGCACUGAGUUUGGAUUCUUCCAAACUCCAUAUCCUGAUAUCCACACAAGAUCAGAUACCAUACAAAGAAAAUACUGGGAUGAUAGAUGUAUUGCAGUAUUCGGCAAGGACGCAAUUGCUCAGGCAAGAGAGACCAACAUCCACUUUGGAGCUCUUAGCUUAAGAAGCUCCAAUAUCUUCUUCACUAACGGAGGAGAAGACCCAUGGAGAUGGGUUGGAGUAACUGCAAGCGAUGAAUCCAUGAACAAAAUCUCAAGAGUUCUCCAGUGUGAGAACUGCGGUCACUGUGUUGAGCUCUACAAUGAAACUUCAGAAGAUUCUGAUGAGCUAAAGGCAGUCAGGAGUGAGAUUAAGGAAUGGAUAGAUAUCAUCCUUUAUGGACAUCUCAAGUAAUUCCAACAUAAUAUUGUUAAA